AUGCGAAUUUUAUGCUCAAAGAAGUUAGUGAAAAUGCCGAAUUAUUUGAAUUACGCGAAUGAAUUAUUGUCAUAUUUUGUAAAGUGCCUGACCAUUUUAUAUGGUAGUUUUAGCGUUUCCUACAAUAUGCACGGGUUGCUGCAUUUAGUUGAUGAUGUUAGAAAAAGAGGUUGUCUUGAUAACUUCAGUGCAUUUGAUUUUGAGAAUUAUCUGCAAUACCUUAAGAAGUGGAUGAGGAAGGGAGAGAAACCUUUGGAACAAUUGGUACGAAGGUAUGCUGAAUUUAAGAAAAACAGUGCGAAACUUACGAAGUCACAAGUGAAUGAAAUUAAAAUCAAUGAGAACUCGCAGCAUUGCAACGGCCCUUUACUUGAAGGAUGUUCUUCGCCUGAAUAUCAUGAAUUAACUAUUAGAGGAUUUAGAUUAGAUGUUUUAAAAGUACGUGACAGUUGCUUCGGUCUAUCAAACGAAGAUAUUAUUUUGAUUUCGAAUAUUGCUCAUCAUGCAGAUUCCAAUGAAACAGUUGUCAUCGGAAAAAAAUUUCAAACUAUUCGCAAUUUAUAUUCCAAACCAUGUGAAUCAUCGUUUCUAAACGAGUUCAUAGUCAGUGAUUUAUCAAAUUUAAAAAUGUGGCCUUUGAAGAAAGUAAAAAGGAAGUUCAUGAUAAUCCCGUUAAAUAGAAGUGAGUAUGUAGUGUCUUCAUUGUUGCAUACUGAUUAAUUUAGAUUUUAGUAAUAGAAAAGACUGAUUCGUGUUGCCAAUAAUUUCUUAUCAAUCUGAUUUCUUCUGAUUUUUAACGUCAAAUCAAAUUGUUUUGAAUUGAAUUUUGUCAUUUAAUAUUUAUCAUCGGCCCUUGCCUCAAAAAAAAAAAUAUUAAAAAUUGUUGAAGUAAAUUUAAAAUAUAACAUUUCAUUUAGCAACUAAGUUGAUACACAAUCAAAUUUUCUGAAUUUAAAUUUUGUUAAAUCAACCCUCUGUCGAUUCUUAAUACCAAGACAAGUUUCUUAGACUUGCACUUUGGCAUUCAAUAUUACUCGCCGACCCUUGUCACGAAUGUAAAUAUUGAGAAUUUUAAAUCUUAUUUAAAUUGUUCUAAUUCAACUUCGAAGAUAAUUUGAUGUUACGUUUUUUCUUGUUUGAAAGCAAAUCUUUUUUUACUAAGAAAAAGUAUUAUGAAUUAAUAUAAACUGAAAUAUAUUAUUUUUUGAAAUAUAUAUUUUUUGAAAUUCAUGUUAAUGUUACACCUUUUGCGGUGAUUUAAAGUUUAUUAUUACAUUUUGCAUUUAAAAAAUUUAGAAUUUGAAGCUGUUUAAUGUAAUCUAAACACUGGCAGAGUUAUAAGAAGAAAAGAUUGUUAUUAUUUUACUCUGUAAAAAGGGCAUUUUUAUUAUUCGUUCUCAAAAAUCAGAAUUAAGUUUUCCGUUUAGUAAAUUACAUACUCCUGCAUCAUUUGUUGCCUUUUGUUAUUGUUAAUUUAAAUAU